AUGGAAACGUGUACUUUGAGAAUCACAGACCAGGUCGUACUUGUAGUACUUUUCACUCUUCUAAAAUCUCUCGAUGGAACCUUCACAACGAGAACGGCUACGGACUCCACACUGGAGUCGAGAGGUUAUUUUUUAGUACCUUCUACUGAUUUAUCUGAAACGGCUCUGCCAAAGGAGUUGACCACUUCCAUGACUGAGCAUACUAAGGGAACUUCUACAGACUUUGGGGACUCUUUGGUUGGAAUCACAGAUAUUCCUCGGGGCUUUUCGGAGGAGUUAUACACCGAAAUUAAAUCGGCCACAGAGCAGAAGACCUAUAUCUCUACAGCAAGGUCAUCUGAAGACCACAGAGCUACAGCAAGGUCAUCUGAAGACCACACAGCAACAGCAACGGCAUCGGAGGACCGCAGAACUUCAGCAACGUUAGCUGAAGACAACAGAACUACAGCAAGGUCAUCGGAAGACCACAAAACUACAGCAAGGUCAUCUGAAGACCACACAGCAACAGCAACGUCAUCUGAAGACCACACAGCAACAGCAACGUCAUCUGAAGACCACAAAACUACAGCAACGUCAUCUGAAGACCACAGAACUAUAGCAACAUCAUCUGAAGACCACAAAACUACAGCAACGUCAUCUGAAGACCACAAAACUAUAGCAACGUUAUCUGAAGACCACAGAACUAUAGCAACGUUAUCUGAAGACCACAGAACUAUAGCAACGUUAUCUGAAGACCACAGAACUACAGCAACAUCAUCUGAAGACCACAGAACAAAAGAAACAUCACCUGAAGACCACAGAACAAUAAUAAUAACAUCACCUGAUGACCACAGAACUAUAGCAACGUCAUCUGAAAACCACAGAACUACUGACCACAACACCGAGUCUUCAAACUCCGGCACGGCUUGGAGUUCGGACAGCAGCACAGAGCGAGAGCAUACAGACUUCACUCGCCUGCUCCCCAGCUUCUCCCAGGGUGGCCACUCCUUCCUGGACGCUCGGACCAUUCGGGACACCCCGAGUGUGAGCUGGCCAUCGACCAGUGAUCUGGACGCCCCCUCGCAGACGGACAGCACGUAUGUGUCCUCUACCAUGAGCCGGAUGGGAGAGCGCACCCUGCUGUCCAUCAUCUCCAACAGCACCUCCACGUACACCUCUGAGGAGUCCAGCUCUAAGGUCUGGGUGGAGGGCACUGGGGCAACCUCCCAUGGCAGGGGGACCGGUAAGGGCGACGGUACCACGUCUCAUGAGUUUGAUCUGACUGGUGCUACCUCGGACUCCCAGCACACCACCAACAGUACUGAGACUGGGAAGUCCACCGAGACCGAAGGGCCCAAUCUGUCCACAUGGACGCAGUCUCAGACCAGCCAGAGCAACAUCACUCAGCAGGGUUUGGAGCAGACAUCCGAGACUGGUGUAAUCCUCAGCUCCACGCCGCCACUCACCGUGGUCAACAACAACGGAGGCCAGGGGACAGACGUGACGGACACCAGCCGCACCUACAGCGGCGGGACGUCCCACACCGAGUGGCAGGGGGGCGUCGGGGCGUCCACGUCUCCGCUCUUGUCCUCAGAGAGCAGCCACACCGGCGCGUCCCAGCCUGACGGCGGGGAGAGGACGGUGACGCACGUGCAUGAGGGCGAGCUGUCCACCGAGCCCUCCACCGGCUCCAUGAGCACGGGCAGCCGCCAGGAGACGGACGGCGUCCACCCACUCACCGAGGAGGGGACGACCCACAUCCUGGGCCUGACCACUGCUUCUCCCAGGGUCAGGGGAGGCCCCACCACUCGGGACGACUCCGUCUACUACAAGCCCUUCACCCCCGAGACGGAGGGCCCCACACAGCCCAGCGAGGCGCUGCCCUCCACGGCGUCAGAGCCGGCCACUCAGAGUCCACAGCAGACGGAGCGGGACAGAGCAGGCGAGAGGGACACCCAGGGGGUGCCCACCGAAGCUCCCAGCACCAGCGCCGCCGCUCCAGCCACCUCCACCUCCACCUCCACCUCCCCCACCCCCCUCACCACCCGCCAGCUGGAGCCCAGCUCCACGGCAGAGACCCACACCCCGCGCACCACCAUCGUCACCACAGACACCACGCAGGGGCCGCCCCAGAGCACCCCCUCCACCCCGGCUGUGCCGCCCGGCUCCAGGACCGGGGGCUCCCACACCCACAGCCCGACCGGCGGGGAGCAGACGGGGACGGGGGGUCUGUCCACAGACGUGACCACGCUGCACCUGGAGACCAGCACGGCCACUCCGGGCAACACCACGGCCCAGCGCCGGCCCACCACCGCCUCCUACAGCAAGAGCGCCCCCACCAGGGCCCCAGUAGCCACCACAGCCGGCCACACGCCGGGCCGCACCACCGUCCAGCCUGAGGCCACCACCACGCAGAUGGCCAUCACGUCUGCUACGCCCGUUCCAGGGCUUCCAUGUGGCUCCCAGUUCUGUGCCAACGGGGGAACUUGUAUGGCACUCCCACAUGGGAACGCUCACAGCUGUGCCUGCCUCCCAGCGUGGACAGGACCCACAUGCACAAAGGAUGUGAAUGAGUGUGAGGCGAACCCCUGCCCUCCCGGCUCCACAUGUGUCAACACCAACGGCUCCUUCAGCUGUGAGUGCCCCCUCGGCUCCGACCUGGAGAACGGCCGCGAGUGCACCAAGGUGAAAGCCUUCCUGGGGUCCUUCAGUGUCAACAGCACACAUUCCAACUCGCUACAUGAAAUCGAAGGAGAGAUAAAACAUCUGCUGAACGCUACCCUCUCCAUUCUGCGGGGCUACAUACGCUCCUCUUGUUAUCGUAAUAGAACCCUUCGAAAUGGCAGUGAGGAGUGGAGCAUCAGGGCCGUGAACAUGUUCUCCAUCUCGGCCGACGUGAACAGAACCGUCAUCUCCAACAGCAUCCAGGUGGCCCUGAGGAACUGCAGCCAGAACCCGGCACACUGCCGUGUGCACGAGUACAGGCUGUCCUAUCACGUGGAGAGCCUGUGCAGAGAGCAGAGCCACGAGUGUGACCCCGAGCGCUCCGUCUGCAGAGACGACAGCGGCACCCCGUACUGCGAGUGCCGGGAGGGCUACUACAAACACCACGACCAGGACAAGACUUGCCUAGCUUGUGGUGAUGGCUAUCAACUGAAAAAUGGCGUCUGCGUCAAUUGCACAUUUGGUUUUGGAGGAUUCAACUGCACAAAUUUCUACAAGCUGAUCGCCAUAGUAGUGUCGCCAGCCGUCGGAGGGCUUCUUCUGAUUCUGACCAUUGCUCUUAUAGUGACUUGCUGCAAGAAGGACAAAAAUGACAUCAACAAAAUCAUUUUCAAAAGUGGAGACUUACAGAUGUCUCCAUACGCUGACUUCCCCAAGAGUAACCGUGUGUCCAUGGAGUGGGGCAGAGAGACCAUAGAGAUGCAGGAGAACGGCAGCACCAAGAACCUCCUGCAGAUGACCGACAUCUAUUACUCUCCGGCCUUGCGUAACUCGGACCUGGAACGGAACGGCCUCUACCCGUUCUCCGGGCUGCCCGGCUCGCGCCACUCCUGCAUCUACCCAGCUCAGUGGAACCCCUCCUUCAUAUGCGACGACUCGCGCCGCCGCGACUACUUCUGACUGAGCUCCCAGCGCAGGGGGCAGGGGGCAGGAGGCAGAGGACCAGGAGGAGCUCAAUCAGAGGACACACAAUUACCCUCCAAUGAAACUUGGGCAGGACAAGACUUGGGUUUUAGAUUGACCACUGCUCACCACGCAAUGUGAAGCACUACAGGCUGGAAAUGUAGAUGAUGGAGGAAUUAUUAUUUUUAUUAUUAUUAUUAUUUUUAUUAUUUGCCUGUGGAAAGAGAGGAUGUUGGACAUGCCUAAGUUUAAAAUCCCAAGGUGACCAUCAAAAGACUGUGAAAAUAAUGUGACAAGCCGAAGCUGUUUUUUGCAAACAACUAUUCAGUAUUAGCAAAUCCAGGUUUGCACUAAGGACUUUCCCAAAAACUGUGUAUCUCUGAAGCCAUAAAUCAAAGAGGUAUUUAUAAUAGUGUUAAGGGAUGUGAAACGUUGUUGUUGUUUAGUGGUGUGUGUGUGUGUGUGUGUGUGUGUGUGUGUGUGUGUGCACAUAUCCGUGUGUUUAUUUGGCAGAAAAGGUAUGUAGCAGUGAUUUGUUAAGCAAUGGAAAAUACCCUUAACAUUUGUAUUUGGCCUUUCAUUGCAUAUUGUGGAAAUAUGGGUUUGUUGAUCAUGAGGAGUUUGGAUUUCACAAGAAUAGGCUGAGAAAACAAAUCAGUGCCACGAUCCCAUAGUCAUUAAUAUCUCACUUGAAUGAGAAAAAUGAACUGGACAGCCAACAUUUUGUCAUGAACACUAAACAUGUUGGUAUUUAAAUAAUCAUUUUACCAUGGAGGGCUGCUGUGGGACUAUUCUUUGAGUUAUUAUAUAAAUAAAUGAUCAAGGUUUACUAGAAAAUCUUACAGUAGAUGAGCAAGAAGCCUCCUAAGAGUAAGAACAUAGUUUGUCACUUGUCAGUUUGUAGUGAUACCCAGAGGCUGGGCUAGAGAACCCAUGUUGAGACUGCCUUGCCCUCGUGUUCACACACAUCUACAUCUUUGUGUGUGUGUGUGUGUGUGUGUGUGUGUGUGUGUGUGUGUGUGUGUGUGUGUGUGUGUGUGUGUGUGUGUGUGUGUGUGUGUGUGUGUGUGUGUGUGUGUGUGUGUGUGUGUGUGUGUGUAGUCAGGACAUGUCCAUCAGAUGUACUAUAUUUGUACCCACAGAAGCCUGCUAUUUUGUCUGAGGAAUUCAGUGACCUUUUGUUCGUGUGCUGUGGAUUACUCUGGCGUUUUAGUCAGACAUGUAUAUUUAAAGAAUAAAACAUGAAUUGUUUCAA